UGUCUGACAGUAGUGAAAACGCUUCCCCAGUAUUCUAGCUCCCAAGAAGCAGAAGCAGUCUUGCCGAGAAAGACCUCACAGCAGACUCCACCACCCUCCAGAGAGAAAAAGGCAGCCAAUGUUGGGGAUCAUAGGAGGUGCCCCUCACAAUGCCCACUCCAACCUGCCAGACCCACUUGCCUCCCUGCUUCCUGCUGCUGGUGCUACUCCUUGUCCUCUCAGGAGCCUCUGAACAAAGCAAUGGGCAACAGUGGCAGGUGCUACAGCCCGAGGGACCAAUGCUGGUGGCAGAAGGUGACACUCUUCUACUAAGGUGUACAAUGCUUGGUUCCUGCACUGAUGGCAUGAUAAAAUGGGUCAAGGUGAGCAAUCAACACCAGCAAGAAAUCUAUAACUUCAAACAUGGUGUCUUCCCCUGGGUGACACCCUUGAUCCAUCGGACACUGGAGCCACAUACUUGCGACUACUCCAUCUAUAUCCACAACAUCACCAGGGAACAUGCUGGCACCUACCACUGCAUGGAGCUUGAUGGCCUGAGCAAAAGUCCAGAAGAGAUGCUGGAUGAGGGCACCUCAGUGCUGGUGAAGGGAGUUGGGGAUCCAGUGCCAGACCUCUGGAUCAUCCAGCCCCAGGAACUGGUGUUGGCAGAUGCUGGAGACACUGUCUCCCUGAACUGCACAGUGCUUGGAGAUGGCCCCCCAGGACCCAUCAGGUGGUUUCGAGGGGCUGGUCUGAGCCGGGAAGCCAUUUACAACUUUGGAGGCAUUUCCCAUCCCAAUGUGACAGCAGUCCAGACCACCAGCAGUGAUUUCAGCAUCCUUCUGAAAGGUGUUUCCACUGAGUUUACAGGCACCUACUAUUGUGCAAAGUUUCAGAGGAGACCCAACAAGCAGUACUUAUCUGGACAGGGCACCAGGUUGAAAGUGAAAGAAAAGCUCAUGUUUCCUGAAGAAACAGAAUUUGCCAGCCACCAAGUAACCAGGAUAUCCUUCUCAGGAUUCCUGUCUACUCUUAUUCUUGUGAUCCUUGUACUGAAGGCAGUGACCUUGGGUGCAGUCUUGCUGGUCCUGGCUGCCUACCGAAAGAGUCCUGGGCAAGAAAACCUCAAGAUACCAGGCCCAACACAGCCGAGCUCAUCUUAGAAUAGGAAAUGGGACCUGGGUAAGAUGUCACCUCCAGACUGUGUGCUCUGAGCCUAUGAGGAGUCGUGGCUCCUGCAUCUCUAGUCUCCAUAUGUCCCAAGUCUGAUGCUGGACUCCUGGACCCAUCCACCUAGUGAAACUCUUCAUUUGUUACCAGACUGAUGUGUCUUCUUCCCUCUUCUCAACCUGUUCAGGCUCUCUUUUCCUUCAGGUCCUUGCUGGGAUCUCUCCUCAAGACUGUUGUUCCUGCUUCAGCCCUUUCUGGGCUGUCCAACGUUUCCCUGAGUGUCUCUGAGGUCACCCAGCCAGAUCACCUGUGACCAUCCAUUGAUAUUCCACUCUCCCCCUUUCCUGCAUUAUCUCCUUACUGAGGUUGGCUUCAGUGGUUAUAAUAGUUAGAAUGCAGGUUUGGCAACCUAAAUUCAUAUAUAAUAGUGGCUUCAAACAAGAAAGAAAAAGAAAAGUUGAUUUCUCUCAUUGAAUCUAAGCCAGGCAAAAUAGGGCACUCUCUGGGAUAGAGACCAGGAAGAUAGAUUCCUUGAUCUAAGGCAGCAAGACCAGGAAGAAGUAAUAUGGCCCUCCCCUUCAAAGAUGCAGCCAGGAAUUUGCUUGCUUUACCUUUAAUUGACUGGAAUGUGAUCACAUGGUCACACCUAGCUGCAAGAGGGCUGGGAAAUGUAGUCUUUAUUCUGACAACCAUAUGCCCAUUGAAGAUUUUUCAUUAGGACUACCAAAAUGUAGAAAUAAGUUCAGAACUAGUAAUCUCUGCCUCCGUGCACAAAGCCUCUUACUUGCUCUGUGAGACAUCUGAGUUUCAACCUCAGCUGAGAUGGCCCCUUUUUGUGUCACCAUCAGCUAGCUGUAGGGCAGCAAAAUGGAAGGUAGAAGUUCCCAGUUUUUGCUUCCCAGGAGACACUUGGCAAUUUCUAAGGAUAGUCUGGGUUACCACUACUUGAGGGUACUACUGCCACCUAGUGGUUAGAGCCCAGGGAUGCUAUUAGCAUCCUAUAUCAAUACAACCCAAAACCAGGCCCAAAGUAGUGCUGAGGUUGAAAAGUCCUGCUGAAGGGAAUGCACGCACUCCCUGAAGGUAGACAGAUCUGACUUCUAUUGCUGAAACCUCCAUUCCCUCCACGUGUGACUUUAGUGAUUAAAUUAAAGUCACUAAUUGAUCAAAGAUGACAGGUAGACUGGACUUUUCCCACAUUGGGUAAGAACCAAGUUAAGGUAAUAUAUAUUGACACAUGUGCCAUGUACCCAUGUGAACACCUGCCAUGUGAAGAAGUGGUUUACUCUGGGUAUUUACUGUUAUAACAAAAUAAAAUCAGUCUGAAAAAG